GUGUUUUACUUAUUUAUUUAUAAGUAGUCUUUAUAAUUAAAUGUAUUAGGUGGUGUCAUAGUUAUUGUAAUGUUUUCUCAGACUGUAGUUUGCCAUUACAUUUUGUUUGUGAAGUUUUUGAUGUAAACAUGUUAAAACAUUUGGUGGACUCACGUCUUGAUCUUCCUUCUUUGUGACUUUCUUCAUUGAAAUUCUGCUUUAAAAAGUCAUCUGAUAGACUGACUAUAAAGCAAUUGGCAAAAUAGGAGAGGGAACGUUUUCUGAAGUUAUGAAGAUGCAGAGCCUGAGAGAUGGAAACUUCUAUGCAUGUAAACAAAUGAAACAGCACUUUGAAAGUAUCGAGCAGGUGAACAAUCUACGAGAGAUACAAGCACUGAGGCGUCUGAAUCCACACCCAAACAUUCUUACGUUGCAUGAAGUGGUUUUUGACAGAAAAUCUGGUUCUCUUGCACUAAUAUGUGAACUUAUGGACAUGAAUAUUUAUGAGCUAAUACAAGGGAGAAGACACCCAUUAUCAGAAAAAAAAAUUAUGCACUAUAUGUACCAGUUAUGUAAAUCCCUUGAUCAUAUGCACAGAAAUGGAAUAUUUCACAGAGACGUAAAACCAGAAAAUAUACUAAUAAAGCAAGAUGUCCUGAAAUUAGGGGACUUUGGGUCCUGCCGGAGCUCCUAUUCGAAGCAGCCCUACACAGAAUACAUCUCUACCCGCUGGUACCGGGCCCCCGAGUGUCUCCUCACUGACGGCUUCUACACGUACAAGAUGGACCUGUGGAGCGCUGGCUGUGUGUUCUACGAGAUCGCCAGUCUGCAGCCCCUCUUCCCUGGAGCCAACGAACUGGACCAGAUCUCAAAAAUCCACGAUGUCAUCGGCACGCCUGCUCAGAAGACCCUCACCAAGUUCAAGCAGUCGAGAGCUAUGAGUUUUGAUUUUCCUUUUAAAAAGGGAUCAGGAAUACCUCUACUGACAACCAAUUUGUCCCCACAAUGCCUCUCCCUCCUGCAUGCAAUGGUGGCCUAUGAUCCCGAUGACAGAAUUGCUGCCCACCAGGCUCUGCAGCAUCCCUACUUCCAAGAACAGAGGGCAAUUGAGAAGCAGGCUCUGGCCAGCCACAGAAAGGCUUUCUUUCCAGAGCACCCUGUGGCACUGGCAUCACUUGGUAACAACUGGCAAAUUCCAAAGGAGGGCAGAAAACAGAAACAGUCCCAAAAGCAAGAGGAGGACCAUCCCAGGAGACAAGGAGCAGCGUACCUCAUGGAACUGCCCAAACUGAAGCUUUCAGGAGUGACCAAACUGUCAUCGUACUCCAGCCCCGAGCUGCAAUCAGUGUUUGGGUCUUCAGCAAAUGGGAGAGUCCCGGUGUUGAGAGCCUGGAAGUGCGCUGGCGUGGACCAGAAGACAGAUAUGCAGAAGGACAUUAAGCCGAACCUGAAACAGUGUCGCUUGCCCACAAUAGAAAGGAAAGGGGGCAGAUACUGAGCAGCGUGUGCCCCUCACCUUGCAGAGUAAAACCAGGUGCGCUGGGGUGAGGUCCAGCUGAAGCUGCCCGUGCCUCUGAGACGCGGACGGAGGGUUCAGGAGGCCACCGGCGCCACGCGAGGCCUGGCAGCCCUGAGAUGCUGCCCGUGGACCCACCUGUGCCACUCAGGCUAGAGCUGGCGGUGGCCUCGUGUCUUCACAUCCCCACAGCAGCUGCACUAUAUGUUCCAACCUAAUACAGUUGUAAAACCACCUCAUUCUAGGGUUUUAUUUCAUUAUAAUGUAAGAAUUUUGGGAGGGAAUAUUUUGUAACUUUUUGUAUGAAUCAAAACAGAUAAACUAUAAUUCCUAUUAUGUGUUAUCUAGGCUUGGUUGAAAUGCAAGCUCUGCAUGUUACGUCUCUUCUGUACAUUUCCAGGAGUAUUGUGGGACGUUCCGAGUGUUGUAGUAUGUCACAUCUCACCAAAUACGCUAUUGGAGACUGCUGAUUCCUAUUAAAGAAUACGUUGACAUUGCAAUAUUUCA